ACGGUAGGUACAGACGGUAGGUAGCGCUGGGAGCCGGAGAGGCGGGUGAGGUACCAGAGAGAUGUGUGUGAAUACGCGCGGCCGAGCCGGGCGCUGAUUGGCUGAAGGGAGGGCGCGCGUUCACGGCGGUGUCGGGGCCGCGCUUUGUGCAUCUCCAUCCUCCGCCCGGCCGGGCACGUCCGGGAGCCGAGAGCAUCGGGCAUUCCCCUCGGGAUAUUUACCCCUCCGCUCCCCCAGCUGCCCCGCCGCCCCCCCCCCGGGGAGAGACCCACACGGACUGCGCCGGGAACAUGGCGGAGAGGCUGGAAUGGGUGGAGAUCAUAGAGCCCCGCACAAGAGAGUGCAUGUACGCCAAUCUCAUCACAGGAGAGUGUGUUUGGGACCCCCCGGCGGGAGUUCGGAUAAAACGGACCAAUGAAAACCAGUGGUGGGAACUAUUUGACCCCAACACGUCUCGGUUCUACUAUUACAAUGCCAGCACCCAGAGGACUGUGUGGCACCGGCCGCAGAACUGCGACAUUAUCCCUCUGGCCAAACUGCAGACCCUGAAACAGAACACGGAGUCUCCCCGGGCAUCGACGGAGAACAGCCCCGGGCGGGGCAGCAACAUCAGCAGGGAGGGCAGCACCAGCUCCUCUCUGGAGCAGGAACUGGAUGGCGGCGGCGGAGGGGAGAGAUGCCCAGAUCAGGCCAAAGCCAAUCGCCACUCAGCGCCAUACUUUGUGGUGAAGGAGGAACCGGACCGGACGGCGUCGCUGCGUUGGAAUUCGGGCACCAAGGAGAGAAUGCUGAUUAAAGUGACAGACCGGGAGCCCAGUUUCCUGAUGCACCAAGGCAACGGCUUCAGUCCGGACAACCCCCAAGGUACCCGUUCCAGGAAGGUGUCCGGGGGGCAGCCCUCCCCGGGCAUGCAGAGCUUCUCUGUGGAUACGGACAGUGCCGUCUUCUUCCCCGAGAGAAAGCCCUCGCCAUAUAUGAAGAGGGCCGACCAUGUUGGGAGCUGCUCCCCUUUACUGGGGAGAGGGGACUCGUUCUGCACCCUGCAGUCGCAGCAUAGGAAGCACUCCAGCGAGUCCCAGCCAUCUUCCCCACGCUACGCCUACGAGCCCCCACUGUAUGAGGAGCCCCCCAUGGAGUACCAGUCCCCGAUCUACGAUGAGCCCCCGACGGAGAUGCAGUACGAUGCCAGUGGCAGUUACAGGGUGAUGUCCCCGCAGAAGUCGCCUAUUCGCAAAGCGCACACUUAUCUCCAGUCUCCCAAGCAAUCGUCCAACUCUCCCUACCAGCAGCUAGUCCUGACCAAACAGAAAUGCUCCGACAGGUUUAUGAGCCUGGAUUACAGCCCUGCCGGCAAGGAAUACGUCAGGCAACUGGUUUAUGUGGAACAGACAGGUUCAAGCCCAAAGAUGAAGACAAGCGUAAGGCAUAAAUAUACCCCAAAUACAAUUGGGGGCUCUUACUCCUUGCAGCACAAUCCUCCCUAUAUGAGGGACCAGCGGCUGGAGGUGAAAUCCGGAGACUACAGUAGCAUGGAGGGGUCAGAUCUACGGCACAACCAGCAGCAGCUUCAUGGGGAGGAUUCCAUGUCGUGGUCCAGCCAGCAGGACACCAUGUCUUCAACCGGUUACUCGCCAAACACAAGGAAAAGGAAAAGCAGAAAACCCUCAUUGUCCUUGGAACCCAAUACUGUUCCUUGUGAGGCCUCUGGGGAGAGGGAGACACAUAACGAGCCAAGUGGGGCCGAUGAGAGACCUUCGUCCAUGCCCAAUAGGCCGCUGAUGUGCAGGACAGAGAGUAGGUCGUCGGAAGCAGACAUGUGCCGCAGUUCCCCGGAAACCUUCCUGGCCCAUGCCCGGCUGGCCUGGGAAGCUCAGCAGGCCCAUUUCCACAUGAAACAGAGGAGCAGCUGGGACUCGCAGAAAGAUGGUUCUGGCUACGAGAGUGACGGCGCCGUUCCUUUGCCGAUGCCGGGCCCGGUUGUUAGGGCAUUCAGUGAGGACGAGGCGCUCGCACAGCAGGAUAGCAAACACUGGAAGCGGAGCACCUUCGAGAAGCUCGGAUUUCCUCAGAUACUGCUGGAGAAAAGCGUGUCCGUACAGACCAACCUGGCGUCCCCGGAGCCAUUUUUGCACCCUUCUCAGUCUGAAGACCUCGGAGCCUGCGCCCAGUUUGAGAAUAGCCGGCACAUGCGGAACAUGAUGCCGAGCUCCAGCUGCGUCUUCCCGACCUUCACCCUGAGGAAGCCUUCUUCCGAGACGGACAUCGAGAACUGGGCCUCCAAGCACUUCAACAAACACACCCAGGGGCUCUUCCGCCGCAAGGUGUCCAUCGCCAACAUGUUGUCCUGGAGCAGCGAGUCCAUCAAGAAGCCCAUGAUCAUGACCUCCGACCGCAACGUGAAGAAGGAGGCCUGCGAGAUCUUCAAACUCAUCCAGAUGUACAUGGGCGACCGGAGGGCCAAGUCCGACCAGCUGAGCGUGGCCCUAGAGAUUGCCACCAAGGGCUGGAGUAUGCAGGGCCUGCGGGACGAGCUCUACAUCCAGCUGUGCCGACAGACCACCGAGAACUUCCGCUACGAGAGUCUGGCUCUGGGCUGGGAACUAAUGACUAUCUGUCUGGCUUUUUUCCCUCCCACCCCCAAGUUUCACUCUUACCUGGAAGGAUAUAUUUAUAGGCACAUGGAUCCGGUCAAUGACACUAAAGUGACCCGACACAUUAAAGAGCUUCUGGAAAGGAACAAUAAGAAGAAAUCCCAAGUCCGAAAGAGAGCAAAGUCUUAUAUUGAAGAGCAUGAUGGGGUGGCCAUUAGUACGUAUGCCAAGUACUGUUACCGGAAGCUGCAGAGAGCCGCCCUGAUGGGAGCCAAGAAGGGCCUGAAUAAGCCAAACAUGGAGGAGAUCAGGCACGCGAGGAAUGCCGUGUUCAGCCCCUCCAUGUUCAGCAGCACCCUGCAGGAGAUCAUGAGCAUGCAGAAGGACAAGUACCCCGACCGACAACUGCCCUGGGUGCAAACCCGCCUCUCCGAGGAGGUCUUGGCGCUAAACGGGGACCAAACAGAAGGCAUAUUCAGGGUCCCCGGGGAUAUUGAUGAAGUGAAUGCCCUGAAGUUGCAAGUGGAUCAGUGGAAAAUCCCCACAGGCCUGGAAGAUCCUCACGUUCCUGGUAAGAAACAGGGAAAAGUCCCAGUUCCCAUAGAAUUCCAACUGUGUCCCGUGUGCCCCCUGCAUGUAUGACCAGCUGUGUGUGUGCCCCCUGCAUGUAUGAGCAGCCGUGUGUGUGCCCCCUGCAUGUAUGAUCAGCCGUGUGUGUGCCCCCUGCAUGUAUGACCAGCUGUGUGUGUGCCCCCUGCAUGUAUGAGCAGCCGUGUGUGUGCCCCCUGCAUGUAUGACCAGCCGUGUGUGUG